UAUCAGUAUAAAUAGACAAUUUUGGAUAUUAACGUUAACAGAUAUUAAGAUAUACUAUUAAAAGUUAACAGAUAUUAAGAUAUACUAUUUAUAACAGAUAUACUAUUAAAAGACAUUGUCUACAAUACUAUUUGGAAAUAGGAGUUACAUCUACAGGUACAAAUCAUAUUAUAACUGCUAAUUAAAUGCAAUUGGAGAAUAUUACUAUAAACAUUCUUAACUUGUCAAUAAAAAAAAAAUAUUUUUUUAAAAAGAUUUUUCUAAUGUUUACUUCAAACUCUUGUGUUAAUAUGAGAAACAGAUUGAAAUACAUUACUUCUAUUUUAAGAUUAGAGAAAUAACAAAAUAAUCAUAAAGACAUAAAAAGAAAUUAUAUAUUUUUUUUGUUAUGAUUAAUAACUGACAGAACUUUAAUCUUCAUAGAUAUGAAGAUUAAAGUUAAUCUAUUCAAUCUAUGUUAAUCUAUUAAGGUGUUCACCAUGUAGUCUCUAAACACCAACAUGGCCAUUGUCAGUUCUCAAACUGAAUCUGAAUUCAUUGCUCUAGAUGACCUACUUCCAUUUCAUUGUGGUCCUAUCCCAUUGGCAACAACACCAAUCCAAAUGGAGGCAACAGUGGGAGGCUCUCAGUGGCAUCACACGUAAUGGCUGCCAUGAUACUAAAUGUUCCUCACCCAGGCACCUUGAAAUGGUAUGGACAGACACAAGGACCUGUAAUGAUAACACCAUGUGUGUCAGGAUGGUGGAUAACGAUAUGGUCAGAUGUGUGCAUGCUUGUUGGAGGACCAGGCAGUCCUCAAGGUUAAUGGUCUACCAAGGGCAUCCUUAUGUGCAAGCUCUCUUAUUCACUGGUCCAACAUCUAGGCUGUCUUGGCAGUGCUGUCAGAAUGGCCUAGUUGUUGGGUUAUUCAGCGAGAUGACCAUCUGGCUUCUCUCAACCCAAUGAUCUUUUCCUUCUCAAACUCAGUUAGUUGUUCACAUGGUCUUUGAUUGCAAUGUAAAUGCUUCUCUAGUGAUACAGUGUCCUUCUGCAACAGGUAAACUAUAGACAGGAUGCAUUUGUGUUUUUUUUAUUGGCCAAGGAUGCCACACUUUAACACUCUCUGUUGGCAUUACACAAUGAGCCAUUACACUAUAACAUAAUCACUUCCAUAUCUGCUUGCCUGUAUGCCAAGUUUUGCAGUGAAACAACAAUUCCUUCUUGGUGUGCUAAUUUUUAUGGCAAUGAAUUUAUAUCUGGUUAUAUUUCUCAUGUAAGUUUGAUUCUAACUCUAAUUAAAGUGUUUAUUAGCUUUUUAAAAAUGGAAUAGUUAUGAUUAAUAUCCUAUUGUCAUUAGGUCUGAAAAUUUAGAUUUGUAUCAAUUUUUGUGUCAAUUAAAAGUUUACUCUGAACAGCAAAAGAUAUUACAGUAAAACCUUGUUAAAACAAAGUUUAAGGGGUAAAAUGUCUUAACUUUUAGUUAGAAUUUCAAGUUAGCAAGUUUAAUAUGUGAUUUUCUCAAAUUUUUCUGUGGCUGAAAAUUUCCUGUUAUUAAGCUGUUACUCAAGGAUAUGUUCACAGAAUGAUUACAGAAUGGUAUAUAAUUUAUGAUGUUUUUGAGUGCAUUGUCAAGUUACCCCUUGAAUCCAGUUAGAAUGCUGGUAACAUACUUCAGUAAAAGGAUGUUGAUACAAGUAUGUAAUGGUGUGGUGUUGUGUUCAAUUAAGAUAAUUGAAAAUGAAGGAAAUAUGAAGAUAUAAGAGCAAAGGAAGAUCACAGAACUAUCCAAGGGCAGAAGUUACAGGAAAAUAAGUUCAAGUUAAAUGUACUGACAGAUUUAACUUAAAAAGACUAUUAUAUGGAAAAACCCUAUAUACUAUGCCUGCAACCUGUUAAUGCAGUUCAACUUAGUGAUGUUUUACUACAUUAUUUGUUCAAUUUAUAAAAUAAUUAAAGCAAUAGAUAUUCAUGUUAAUUUCAUGAUAUAUUGCCCUUUAAUAAAAUCAACUUAUCAAACCUAAAUAUCAUGUUUUUGUGAUUUUUUAAAUUAAUUUGAUUUAUACAAAUAUUUUAAAAGUAUGACCUAAUUAUUAUAGUGGAAUUUUUCAGAUAGAGUCAAAGUUAGAAAAUCCUACUAUAUUUCACAUCCAAGAAAAUCAAAAACAGGAAAGUCUUCAAUUUACUAACAAUACUCAGGGAACUUAUUCAUUUCAAACACCUGUGGAAAAUGAUGUGAAUUCACCAUCAUUCAACAGUCCAUCAAGUCCUUUUUCAGUAGGUCUUACAAGUUCUGCUGCCAGUUCUAAUGAUCUGCACUCAGACACCCAAAAUGAGCCGAACAAAUCUUAAACAGCAAUUGAUGAGAGAACAAGUGGAACAACAAAACAAGAGAGAACAACAAUAUGAAAGAUUAACAGGAAGGUUGCCAAAUUCCAUUAGUGUGCAACAUUCUGCAAAUAAUAAAACAUAUAAUUUUCCAAAGCCGGAUGAAUUUUGGGAUGGCUUAUUUCCUCCAGAAAGAGAGAUGGAUACUGAUCUCAAGUAUAUUCAUUUAGAAUCAAAUACUUUACCACUGGUGACCAAUUUAUCAGAACCUUUUAAUUUUACUGAGUCGCUCAGCAAAGUAUCCUCAUCCUGCCCACCCAUUUUGUCUCAAAUAAAACAGGAACCGCUAACCCUUACCGACAGAGAAAUAACAGCAUUAGCUAAAGACAGACAGAAGAAAGAUAAUCAUAACAUGAUUGAAAGGAGAAGGAGAUUCAACAUAAAUGACAGAAUUAAAGAAUUGGGUACUCUUCUUCCAAAAAUGAGUGAUCCAUAUUUUGAACUGGUGAAGGAUUUGAGGCAGAAUAAAGGAACGAUACUGAAAGCCACAGUGGAUUACAUGAGAUGUCUAAAACAGGAUGUACAGAAAAUACCCAUUGUGGAAGAACAGAAUCGACAGUUAGAACAAAACAACAAAAGACUGCUCCUUCGAAUACAGGAACUGGAAAUCCUACUUCGUCAAAAUGGUAUUCCAAUCAAGAAUUGUACAUGGCAACCCUCAAGUUCUGCUGACUUAAAUGCAAUUAUACAGGAAUCAUUUGGCACACAAUCAAGCAAUCAUUUAAUAGACACCAAAAAUGACAGUACAUCACAGAGCCCAAGUUCUGGACUUGGAUCAGUGCCAAGCAUGAGUCCUGCCUUACCAUACAUAGUAGAUGACUUUCUCAUGGAAGAAGAAAUGAAUGAUCCCAUAUUAUCUUCUCAUAAUUUUAGGAAAGACGUUUGUUUCUCAGAUACUGCAGACCUGAUAACAUGAAUGAUAUCAAUUAUGGUUGUAAAUUCACAAUGUGUUUUGAAAAAAAACCUUGUUAAAUAUUUGCUUGUUAGAGAAAAUCUAAUUUUAGAUUUGUGUUUUUUUACUGUUUGAGAUAUGAAAUAACAAGCAUAUUUUAGUGUACAAAAAAAUGAAGGUUUCAAAUUCCAUAAUUUUUUAUAUGAGAAUGAUUUUUGAUCAUGUGUGUAGAAAUUCCUAUGAUGGAAUUUUGAGAAAUUUUAUCAAAGCCAUUGGGCAUAUGUUUUUUGUACACAAGAGAACUGUUACAAUUUAAAUAAUCAUCAAUAACUUAUUGGACACUUGUGUUUUCAGCUUUUAUAAAUUAUCAUUCUUUUUAACAAAUGUGUCAAAAGUUACUUUUGUUUGCAUUCUGUAUAAUUUAUAUUUUAAAAAAUAUACAGAAUUUUAGCAUGUAGAAACAAAGAAGUUGCAAAUUUAUGUUUCAUCUUUUCUCAUGAUUUGCUUAAGUAAGAUUUCUUGUUCAACUCAAUAUACAUCCCUACAUCAAAAUAUCAAUUAGUCCAAAUUAAAGCAAUAAAUUCUUCAUAGGUCAUGCAGACAUAACUUUAUUUCAUCAAUACAGUCACAUGAGCUUUUUCUGGAAUAUCCUAUUUGACACUUUAAAAAAUUGCAACUUUGUCUUUUGACUAAUUAGAUACUAAAUAUCAUAAAUUUUGCUAUUUCUAUUUAUAACUGAACUGAUUUAAAGCAGUAAUAUUAGUAUGUAUUGUUUAGAAAAUUUUUCUGUAAUAUCUUUUGUUAUAAAAUUUCUUGCUUCUGUUUUUUCCAGUUUUGACAUAAUGUUGUAUGCCAUUCUUGUGAUAGAACAAAUUGUGACUUAUCUCUAUUACAAACUUACAGGUUUGUAAUAGAGAAAAUUUAUCAAAUGCAAUUGUUAAAAAAA